AUGGUGCAACACGUUGCCAAUGCAGGGAAGGUUUCGUCUUCCAAAGAGAUAACAUCAAGUGCAUUGUUGACGCGUGUUACAAAUAUGAUUGCGGGGCAGCUGCUUCCUGCUCUGUGGGAGGCGAUGGCGCUCCCAAGUGCUCGUGCAAUGUCAAAGGCCUUAUCUACGAUGAAAAGGAGAAGUCAUGCAAUGACGCGUGUUAUCAAUAUGAUUGCGGGACAGCUGCUUCCUGCUCUGUGGGAGGCGACGGCACUCCUAAGUGCUCGUGCAAUGUUGUUGGUUACAUCUACAACGCAGCAAGCAAGACAUGCAAUGGUGGCUGACGCUAACUCCUUCCCUCCUCCACCCAUGGCAGCGGCAGACCCUUGCAAGACGGGCACACUCAAGUGCGGCAAGAACUCAAAGUGCGUUGUGAAGAACGGGCAUGGGAGUUGCGAGUGUAACGCCGGCUACACCAAGACGAACCGCCUCUGCACUGCGAUGGGCUCGCGACGAGCAGCGGUGGACCGCACGUCGCUCCGAGAGGUCGAGACACGAUUAACCUUAAAUAUCCACCCGUCGCGGUCCGGGAAUGUAGUAGCGGGAGUGAAGGAGCAGCUGAACAACUCGCUCAUGCGGUACAGCGAGCAGCACGGGGGCAUCGUGCUGGCCUACUCCAACGUGCUGCUCUUCGGCCGCACAGCAUCCAUUCUAACCGGACUCAACCCCUACCUGCACGUCAGCCUCUCUGCGCGCCUGCUGCUCUUCGCCCCCCGGCCAGGAGCCUUUCUUGAGGGCGUGGUGAACAACGUGGGGGCGGACUUCAUCGGUCUGCUCGUACUGGGUGUAUUCAACGCCGCUGUGCCCGAUCAGUUCAUGCGCUCCUGGCAGCAUGUGGAGGAGGCUGCCACUGAUGGCGAUGACGAGGACAAUGGCCAGCAGCAGCACUGGCAGCACAAAGAGGACCCCUCCCACCGCAUUUCCGUGGGCUCUCGCAUUCGACUGCAAGUAGCAAGUGCGACAGGGGACGGCACGUUGAUGUCCAUCAGAGGGUCGUUAGAUGAUCCAGACACGGGGACACCAGUUGCACCUGGCACCACUGUCACAGUAGCACCUUCAACAGCAGCACCCGAGACAUCCCCAGCACCCAGCAGUGGUGGGGAUGCAGGAGGGAAGAAGAAGAAGCGCAAGGUGAAGGAGGGGGAUGUGUCUGCUGCUGCCCACACAGCCACAGCCACUCCCCCCAGUGCUGUGAAGGUGGCCGGUGGGAAGAAGGCAAAGAAAGCUGCUGCAGGCAGCAGCUAG